AUGACGGAUGUACCGGAGCAUAUGAAGGACUUUGUCACUGCGAUGCAACAGGUCUACCAAUUUCCCAUGACUGUGGAUGACAAGCUCGACUGGAAACCGCCGCCGAUGAAGGAUGGCCAUCGCGGACGCUACCUAUGGACUGACGCAUUUGGCGUCCUCAACUUCAUCACACUUUUCAAGGAAACAAAACAACCACACUUCCUAGCUUUGGCUGCGAUACUCGUAGAAACAGUACACGACAUACUGGGUCGAACGAGAGACCUAUCUGCUCGGCUGCCAGGAGCUUCGGAUCAAUCUCCGCUUUCAGGUGGACUGCGGAUAGGCAAGAAUGAAGCCCUUGGAGCCGAUGGAGAUGGACAAUACCAUCAUUAUCUCACUUUGUGGAUGUUUGCGCUCAAUCGACUUUCCAUCGCGACAGGCCAGAUGAGUUACAACGAUCAAGCCUUAUCACUAGCGAAAGCAAUACAUCCUGCAUUCGUGUACCAGCGGGACGCUCUGCAUCCACGUGUAGUCUGGAAGAUGUCAAUGGACUUGUCUCGUCCUCAUAGCCGUGGUGAAGGUAAUUUAGAUCCGAUCAAUGGCCUCGUCACAUACCGUCUUCUUCAACAAACCAGCCGUAAUCCGAGAAUAUUACAGGGCGAAAUCGAGGACUAUCAAAAAGUUGUCGACACAAAAUGGAAAGCAUAUACCUCGUCAGAUACGCUGGAUCUCGGUAUGGCACUCUGGGCCGCGCACUGGUACUCUGAUCAAGAUGAAUGGUCGAAAGGACUUGCAGAUGCUGCUUUGCGUGAUAUGCGGGUAGUUUUCCAUGAAACACAUUACCUAGACGUGCCAAUUGCUCAAAGGCUCGCCUUCAGAGAAUUUGGAACCUGUCUCGGCAUUGGCGUAUAUCCAACGCAUGAUCUGAAACCUAUUGCUGGUCAAAUAGUUGCAGAUUGGAAAAAAGCAGAUAGAGUGCCUGUCCCGACCAGCAAUGCUGGUUUAGAAUCUCUCGAGCCAAUCGAUCUUGUUAUGUAUGCUGCUGCAUCAUGUCCAGGAGCUUUCCAAAGAGAUUAUCUGAAUUAA